AUGCCGUUCGAAAUAAUCGAUCAUGUUGUUUUCUACGGAUCGAUGGCUUUCAGCUUGGGUAUCGGGGUGUACUUCGGUUUUUGGAAGAAAUCCCACACCUCCGAUGGUUACCUCUUGGCCAAUCGACAGAUGAAGGUUAUACCCAUAACGAUCUCAAUGGUUGCGAGCUCAAUUUCAGGGAUAACGUUGCUUGGAUACAGUGGCGAGGUUUACGUGUAUGGAGCCAACAUUGUAUGGAUGUGUCUCAGCUGUGUGGUGGCGAGCGUUAUUGGGGGAUGCAUGUUCGUACCAGUUCUGACCAAAUUAAAGUCUCCAAACGUUUUUAAAUAUUUCGAGUUAAGGUUUGAUAGAAGAACUAAGAUACUGGCGUCCUGUGCGUACACAUUGUACGUUUUGUUCUUUAGUUCAGUUGUGGCAUACGCACCGGCAAUUGCAUUUUCCCAAGUAACUGCUGUGCACCCACAAAUUGUGGCGUCCCUUGUUUGCGUUGUUUGUGUGUUCUACACGAGCGUUGGGGGAUUUAGAGCAGUGGUGUGGACUGAUGUGUUUCAGUUUUUUGGAAUAAUCGCGGGUGUUAUCGUCGUAGCCGUGCUGGGAAUAGCCUCCGUAGGCGGUGUGGGAGCUGUCAUAGAAAAAGCAUCAAACGGACAUAGACUGAAUUUUAACAUAGAUCCUACCCAAAGGGACGGAUUUUGGCAAAUGUUGCUUGGUAGUACGACGACAUGGAUUUUCAUUCUAUCUUUGCAACCUGGGACUGUACAAAAAUAUUUAUCACUGUCGACAUCUAAGAAUGUGACAAGAGUAAUGGUUCUCCAAUGCUUUGGGAUCGCAACGAUAUCCUUCGUGAGUAUUUUUAUGGGACUCAUUGUGUAUGCAAAGUACGACGGCUGUGAUCCUCUCACGACCGGUGAAGUUGCCCGCUCUGAUCAAAUUCUACCCUAUUUCCUAGUAGAUGUUGUUCGAGAUAUUCCUGGGUUGUCUGGUAUUUUUAUUGCGGGACUCUUUAGUGCCUCACUUAGUACACUUUCUGCAUCACUCAAUACAUUAGGAGCGACUGUAUAUGGAGACCUGAUGUCCUUGCAUGUCUUUCGAGGUAUAAUGAAGGACAAGGAAAGUUUGAUUUUAAAAUUGAUAGUCGUGGGAUCCGGUGGAAUCUGUACGGCUUUGACCUGCGUUGUUCAGCAUAUGGGAGGCAUUAUACCGUUUGCAAUGGUCAUCGUGGGGCUGCUAAAUGGCAUAUUUUGUGGAUUAUUUUCUCUAGGGAUGAUCUUCCCUAGAGCGAACUCAAAGGCAGAAACUAUCGCCGCAUUUUUUCCCCAGCACUAUGAGACUAAAUCGUGUUUAUUCGAAGGCUACAUCGAAAUAAGCCAGUGGAUGCCAUCGUGUUCACGUAUGCGGAGCCGUCGUGGAAAAUAG